AUGGGUACUAUUGGCAUAGAACUUAUCGAACAGCUGCUUCAGGAGCAAGGCUUGGACUGUGAGGACGUCUUCUGCUCCAAAGGCGGAUGCUUUCAAGUAACUGACAUCAGAGGUGACACCAUCAAAAAACUCGAGGUCGACAACGAGAGCAGCUUUCAGAGUCUGCUGGCUACUACAAAGCUUCGUGGAACGCGGGUCAUCUCCAUCAGCAGCCAAAACACAGUUUGCAACCUCGACAUCAGCGCCUCGUGGACUGUAAGGCUUUUAGAGGCAUACGAAGUCCACUCAGAAUUUUGUCACACGCUGGUUGCCUUCGGCAACGGUCCUCAGUUUGCCGAAGCUUGUGAUGGAAACGGUCUGUUAUGUAAAAGAUCGAACGGCACAUAUACCUUGUCGUACAAGCUCAACUAUGUCGAACCUAACAAUAGAAACGUGAGCGAGCGCUGGUCCUCCAGGCACCUUGGGGUAUAUCAUCGGCACGAGGCAGAUUUCGAUCUUUACAUAUUGGUACACUGCAGCAGAUCAAGCGCAUUGUACCGACAACUUGCGCAAAAGCCUACCCAUGACCCGAAUGACCAACUGCGAUAUGUGUCACAGGACCCAGAGAGUAUUCACGGCCUCAUCUUGCAAGCAUAUGUCAAACACUGGCGGCCAUACCUGAGAUCGUGGGGAAAUGAGAUAUCAACAAUGAGCAACCAAGCCCAGGUAGCCCAGGUAACAGAGGCUGGCAAGCAAAGCUAUAUUUGGCUUCGCAGGCUCAGGUCCCUCAGAGACCGCGUGGAUUUAGCCUCGGGACAUUGCCUGAGCAAUCUUGCUGUCAUCCAAUCUAUACGCCAAAGCAGACAAAGCAAGACGGACAGCAACGAUGUCCACGUACUUUUGUCGGUUGAAGGUACCAUCGAAAGCUGUGUCAAGAAUUCUCAACUCCUAAAAGGUCGAAUCGACAACACGAUUGAACUUAUCAGUUGCACUUUGACAAUACACAGCCAAGAGGAGACGGCAAAGCUCGUCCAAGAGAUAAAGGUCCUCACGGAGGAGACCAGCAGCGUUACCAAGAAGCUAACACAGAUCGCUGAGAACUCUGCUCAUAGCGGAGAGGUGAUCCGGGUCAUCACUAUUGUCUCGGCCAUAUAUCUACCAGGGAGCUUUGCCACUUCUGUAUUCGGGAUGAAUUUCUUCGACUUUGUUGAGGGAAAGGGACGGAUCACCGUUGCCAGGGACAUAUACAUAUUUGUGGCAUUCUGGAUUGGGUUGACAGCCUUGACUGCCGCCACCUUCUUCUGGGCCUACAUGCGGGGCCGGAAAAGGCUGAAAAAGGUCGAAAAUGCUGCGUUUGAGGCAAUGAAGCAGCCUUCAGAAGAUCUUCCUGGUGGACUUUUGUCAUCAACAAGUGGUUUUGAAAGAUCUAGAGAUGUCUGA